GUUUUACCAUGUUAAACUGGUUAAAUCUUCUUCUGCUGCUGUGCUUUGCAAAUCAUUGUGGAACCUCCGCUAUAUCUGUGUCAGGAAAAAAGGGAGGAAACAUCACACUAUCAUGUGAAUUUGAGUCCAGAGAGAUUUCUGAUAUUAGUUUAAUCAGUCGAUCAGAAAACAUCCCUGUCUGUGAGACUGAAGAAUGCAGUGGACGAGUAUUUAAACAAGGAAACUGUGACAUCUUCAUCAAGAAUCUGAGCUUCAGUGAUGCUGGGAAAUACUUUAUGAGAGUCUAUUACCACAAUAAUCAGACAGAGCUGGAGCGACUGAUCAAGACGUACCAACUUCAUAUUCAGGAUGAGGUUUCUGUGAAAACAGGUGAGGAGCUGAAGUUGGAUGUUCUGUUGUCAAACGCUGAUAAAGUGCAGCAUCAGAGCAGAAGAAGCACAGAGUGGAUGAAGGAUUGGAGCAGAACUGAUGGAGUUCAGAGUGAACGGAUCACCAUUAGUGAUGGAAACCUGAUCAUUAGUAAUUUCACAGCCAGAGACGCAGGAACAUACAGAGUUCUGGACCCUGAUGGAGAAAUCUUGAUCACAGUGACAGUCACAGAAUCAAAGUAUCCUAGUACAGAAUCAAAGAAAAAACUGGACAGCACAGAUAAAGACAAAACUGAUGAGACGGAGCAAGUUCCUGUAAUCUACUGGAUUAUGAGUGCUGGACUGCUUGUGUAUGCAGCUCUGCUGGUUUCUACUCUGGUUACGCUUACCAUCCAGAAACACACCGAUUUCUAAAAGCAGGACAUGUUUGGCACCAAGGGGUCAAAGUGCAAUGAAUUUCACAGAUGAUGUCAUGUAGCAACAUCACUGUAAGUUUGCCUUCAAUGCUAAAAGAUGAUUCUGUCAAUAUAUGUAAUGAACUAUACAUAUGAACAUUUGGGCUGCUCUACAUGAGAAUGUUGACUGUAUCUGCAUGUAAUUCAUUCUUGGGGGGUUCUUUUAUUUUGCAUUAAUGCUCUCAGUCAGUCACGAUAUAAAGGGAGCGCUCUUUGCUCACUUUCUCUAUACAAUCCGUUCACAAUUUAAAGAAAAGUUUUUGUUUAUGUAGAGGACCAAUGUUCAUGUACAAGUUGCUAAGUUGCAGAAGUGACAAAUGCAUUAAUUACGCGAGUGAAUCUUUUAAAUUGUUGCGUGAGUCAGUCCUGAAAUUGCUGUAGUGGACCAGGAGUGUUUCUAGCUUUUGAAAACAUCAGGGGCUAAUGCUGAGGACAUAUGCACAUAUUUAUAGAGCACAACAGCGCUAAAGACACAUCUUAAGACAAAUGUGCUUCAUGUAUGACUGCAGAAAAAAUAGUGUUUUUAUUAAACAUUGAUAAGUUUAUUAAAAGUUCAUUUUGAUGCAUCACAUGCUGAGCUACAUGGCUAAAUCAGUAUGGAACUCUUUCAGGCACUGAUAUUGUAUUUCUGAAAUACAGCUUAUUUGAUCUAUUUCUUAUUGCACUACGUUGAUGAGCAGGAAUAGUUUAAUGUAGCACUUUAUUUAAAAAACUUUUUUUUUUUUUUUUUAAUUCCUUCUGUUUUAUCACUUGUAAAGUCCGGGGUUUUGAAAUGAUUGUUUUGUAGAACAAUACUGUAUCACGCUCUUGAAAUAAAACGGAGAGGUGUUGUUUAACAUAUUUAGAUAUAUUUACAAUGACAUGAUGAAGUGUAUUCAUCGUUGUCUGUAGAGAGUUUUUUCAUGUCCACUGUUGCUUUUGACUGCUUCAUCAGGGAUUUGCAUUAUUCUUUGUAAAUCUGCUUUGUACUGAGAAAAA